AUGCUCUCCGACCUCGUGUCGUCGACCCUCCUCGAAUGGAUCAACAGCUUUAACCUGGGGACUACCAUUCGAUCCAUUGACCAGUUAAAUGAUGGCCCUAUCCUCUGGGAUACUCUUCAGGACAUCGAUCCGCAGUACUUUCUUGGAGAGUUACCGGAACGUUCUCCCUCAGACCACUGGGUUCCGCGAUGGCAGAACCUCAAAUACAUCCACAAGGCAUUGAUCGGGUAUAUAAGGAACCAGAACGAAGGCGAAGUUCCGUCGGGACUUAAUAUCUCCCCCGAUCUAAAAGCUAUUGCAGAAGCUUCGUCGACAAAGGAAACCAACGAACUACUCAAACUAUUCCUUCUCGCCGCCAUUAGCUCGCCAAAUGCUGAAACCUACAUAACGACAAUGCAGAAGCUGUCCACUUCGACACAAGAAGGCCUCAAAGAUAUCAUCCAAGAAGCACAGAAUCCGUCCGAUGAGAGAUUGGAGGAGCUUGAUUAUGAGCGGAAUUACAACUCCACAAGACGGGAUUUGCCCAUGGACCCAGAACUGCGAUUUGAGGAGCGUUUCGGAAAAGUGCUGGCGGAAAAAAAUAAAUUAUCAGAUGAAAAGCAGGAGCUUGAGAAAACAGUGGAGGAUUUGCACAAUCGUCUAGCUCAGCUUCAAGAAAGCCACGAUAUGGUGCUAGAUAGGCUCACAUCUACGGAAGACCGAUUGGCUAUCCUUAAAUCUGGCAAAGCGGAUUUGAUACCGAAUGCCAAAACGCUCGAGAGUAGAACCCAGCAGCAAGAGGAUCUUAUAGCGUCUCAAGAAGCUAAAAUACAGUCUUCUCAGGACGAAAUCGAUAAUCUACGGAUGACUGUUGAAUCUCUACGCGUAAAAAACCAGAGAUUUCAGAAGCUGCAAGACGAUUACGACGAAGUAAAGAACGAACGAGAUCAGCUCUCCAGACGAGCAAAUGCGGCGGAGAAAUACCGACAGAAGCUUCAAGCCAGCCACGAUUUUGAAAAGGAGAAUAUUGCGCUUAAAAAUCAAGUGAAGAAUCUGCAACAGCAGUUGAGAGACAGCGAUAUUAGCCAAAAAUCCUCUUCUGAGCGUGAUGUGGAACUCGAGGAAUAUCGUCGCGUCCUCCCAAGAAUAGAGCAAGAUCGUCACGAAAUUCAAAAUGUCAAGAAGCAGCUGGAAUUUAACAACCAUGCUCUUACCGAAAGACUUCAAAGCGCAGAAGACCAAAUUGCCAGAGAUGAAGCCACGAUCAGUGAAUUGCGUGACCGAAUACGGGAACUCGAGGGCUUGGAGAGCCCAAUAACACCAGGGAGCACAACGCCAAAGGUUCACGGGACUUUUCAGAGGGAUCUUGAUGAAGUUGGUCGACGAGAAGCGCAACUUAAAAUCGAGAACGAAGGGCCCAGACGAGAGCUUGAAAGAUUUAACGGUGAAAUGUCACAUUCGACUGGGCUCGGUGUUGCGAAAUUUUCAGAGAAUGACGCAUAUCAGAAACUACAAGAUGAAUAUUCAGCCGUUCGCAAGAAGCUCACUGAUGCAGAAAACGAAUUAGAAGAAACAGAUCGACAGUUCCGGGACGCAAAAUCCGAAUUGGGCUCGAUCAGUAACGAUAAACUCGACAUGGUUGACGCGGCAAACGACUCCUCUCCUCCGGAAAUAAUAAAAAUGCGAGAAGGCGUACAAUCACUUCGAAACAGAAUCGAAGAGCUCGAAACCAAACUUUCAGCCAGCCAAACAUUCGUCAAGGAGGUGUCUGCUGAGCGUGACUCCCUCCGAGACAUGAUCACCAAGAAGGAGCAGGAGAUGCAAGGCGAAGAUCAAGCCACCAUGGAUGAAAUGAAGAGACUUCUCGAAGAGGUCACUGUCAGAAUCAAUAGCACUUCUGAUGGGCCCCAACUCUCAGGGACUGAGUUGUUGAGGCAGUUUGUUGAGACCGCGGAGCGCAGCGCUGAAAACCUGGCGAAGAGAGCAGAGCAUAUAAAUCGGCAGAACGAACUUAUAAAGUCUCUUCAAGAACGAAUUGAGCACCUGGAGGAACAAGGUUCAAGUUUUGAAUCACAGAAAAACCUGAUGCAAAUCAUACAACGCCAAGCACGCGAGAUCGCGCUCAUUUCAUCAGCGUGGUAUGACCAACAAUCCCGACUGCAGCAUGCCAACUUUUCCAUGCAGCGAUACCGGCAUCCCGCGAGCACCAGCACGCCUGGAGCGGAGGUUCAUCGAAGCUGGCUUGCGAAGCAAAGAGCUCUCGUGGCUAGAGGCAAUGAACGAUGA